GCUGACACACUUAGAGGGAAGCAGAAGGAAAAGAUGAUACUGUUUGCCCUGGUUAAAGCUGGGAGGUGUCGUUAAUCUAGUUAAACAAAACCAAUGGAGCAGCAAAGGCACGCAGCAUUAAGGCGGUGUAAUACAACACAACACUGCAUCUUGUGACAGAUUUGCGUCACGUACCCUCCGUUGACGAGCAGAUCGAGUGACCAAUAGGAGGUCGCCUAUGGCCCCGACCAGCCAAUCCGCACGAAGAUAAGGGGGGCGCGUCUCAGAGAAAGCCAGCCACCUCUCGCCGGAAUGAUUAGCAGCCGAUACCGAAGCGGAUCAAACGAUGGCGAGAGGCUGCCGGUGUUUACGCGGAGCGGUGGCCCGGUGUGUCAGCCAGUUCCGGGCACCUGCGAUGAGAGGCAGCUCUCGGAAGAAUGGUCUGAGAUAUCUCUCCUCAUGUGGGAUCCUGAUGUCUCGCUACCCCCCCCUGCUGGCGGUCCUGCCCAGGCAGCCCAGCAUCCUGCCUGUCCGGAGUUUCUUCAAUUUGGCGGACUCAUUCAACAAGAGGAAGGAGUACUCUGAGAGACGCAUUAUCGGGUACUCCAUGCAGGAGAUGUAUGAUGUCGUGGCAGGGGUUGAAGACUAUCUCCACUUUGUGCCAUGGUGCAAGCGCUCAGACGUGAUCUUCCGCCGCUCAGGCUUCUGCAAAGCCAAGCUAGAGGUGGGCUUCCCUCCAGUGCUGGAGAGAUAUACGUCACUGGUCACCACAGUUCGCCCCCAUCUGGUUAAGGCUUCCUGCUCUGACGGAAAACUUUUCAACCACCUGGAAACCGUGUGGCGCUUCAGUCCGGGACUGCCUGGCUAUCCCCGCACCUGCACGCUGGACUUCGCUAUCUCCUUCGAGUUCCGCUCGCUCUUGCACUCCCAGCUGGCCACGGUCUUCUUCGAUGAGGUGGUGAAGCAGAUGGUGUCAGCCUUCGAGCGGCGGGCCCACAAGCUGUAUGGGGCUGAAACACGGAUACCACGCGAACUCAUGUUCCACGAGAUACACCAGACAUAAGGCAUCGCCUGUGAUGCUCCACCUGCUCAGAGAUGGCAAAGGAGUGCUGAGGUUUCUGCGUACCUCUGUGCCUUAGUGUCACUAAAACAUAUUUUGUAUUCUCUUUAGCAGCCCAUCGCUGAUUAUUGCUCUUUUUUUUAGAUUUUAUUCCCAAUUUUAAUUGUCUCUGGCUUAGUUUCUUUGUCAUGAGGCAAAGGAGAGCAGACGUACCUUCCUCUGACUCCCAUCACUAUCCUGUCUGCCCUCUGGGAAUCGACACUGGGGACCCUUGUUAAUGGUGGAGUAAGGUUAUGUGUCGAGCUAUGCUGAUAAACUAGGCUCAGCUGACCCCCCGCCCUCCUCCAAGAGACUAAAACUAAUUUGCUCCUUCACUAAAAACUUUCUGGACAUAACCACAGAAUGUGACAGUGUACACUGGAACAGUGGUUGGGGAGGUUACCUUAACCAACGAACCCGCUCAGAACCUUGUGGGGAGAUAUUUGCCAAGGAUUAAACAAGUAAAAUAAUUUUUCAUCA